AAGGCAUUGGAAACACUGUCUCCUUCAAUUUUCACCCAACAUUUUCUCAGCAUGAUUUCUCUAAAACCCUUCAUCUCCCUCACCAAGCUCCCAUCUUCUUCCUUCUUGAACCUCAACCCAUCUCUGCUAAUCCUCCACCGCCCUCUUCCUUCUUCCUCUAAACCCCUCCUUAAACCCAUCUGUGCCACCCUCAUCCCUCCCAACCCACAACAGCUGCAGCCAAAACAGCAGCAGCUCUACCAACCCUUCAGGCCUCCCUCGUCUCCUCUUCCUUCAAAAUUCCGCUCCCUCGACAUCCCUGCCCGCCUUGACGUUCUUGCCAACAGACAAGGCCUUUGGUUCGAGUAUGCUCCCCUCAUCCCGUCUCUUUACAAAGAAGGGUUCAAUCCUCCAUCCAUUGAGGAGUUAACUGGGAUAACCGGGGUCGAGCAGAACCGCAUGGUGGUCGCUGCACAAGUCCGAGACUCUCUUAUUAAGUCCAAUACCGAGCCGGAUGUUGUGGCUUCUUUUGACACCGGUGGUGCGGAGCUGCUUUAUGAGAUUCGGCUCUUGAGUGCGUCGCAGAGGGCUGCUGCAGCGCGAUUCAUUGUGGAGAAUGUGUUUGAUGCCAAGGGGACUCAAGACCUUGCCCGGGCUAUGAAGGAUUUCCCUCGUAGGCGCGGGGAUAAAGGGUGGGAAAGCUUUGAUUAUACUCUCCCCGGAGAUUGUCUGUCGUUUAUGUAUUACAGGCAGAGUAGGGAGCAUAAAAAUCCAUCGGAACAAAGGACAUCUCAAUUGCAGCAGGCGUUGGAAGUCGUGGAAUCUGAGAAAGCUAAAACGGAGGUAUUGAGGGAAUUAGAGCGUGAUGGUGAUGAUAAAGAAAAGGAAAAAGAGGAAACUGGAGCGAGGGUCCGGGUUCCAGUAGUCAGGAUGCAGAUCGGAGAGGUUGCAGAAGCCACGAGUGUGAUGGUAUUGCCUGUUUGCAGGGCAGCGGAGAAGGAGAAAGAGAUUCUGGAAGCACCAUGGGAGUGUGUAAGUCAGGGGGAGUUUGGUGUGGUAGUGGCAGAGAAAGGCUGGAAUAGGUGGGUGGUGUUGCCAAAUUGGGAGCCAGUUGUGGGGCUGAGGAAGGGAGGAGUGGUGGUGGCCUUUGAAGAUGCAAGGGCGUUGCCAUGGAAAGUGAAUAGGUGGUACAAGGAAGAGGCUAUUUUGGUGGUUGCUGAUAGGGGAAGGAAGGAGGUUGAGGUCGAUGAUGGGUUUUACCUGGUAUCAGUUGACUAUGAGGGAGGGUUGAAGGUCGAGAGGGGAUCGGUAUUGGAGGAAAUGGGAGUGAAGGAGAGUUUAGGAGCUGUGGUUAUGGUUGUUAGACCGCCAAAAGAAGAGAUUGAUGAUCAAUUGAGUGAUGAAGAUUGGGAGUGAAAAGAAUAGGUACUGAAUGAUAUGCAGACUUGCAUUCUAUGCAGAACAAGAAAGAAUGCAAUUGAAAAUAAGUUUUCAUCCAAGUAGUGCCCGCAACCUCAUAUUGUUUCCUUUCGAUGAGAGUUUAGAACAGUUGUAUACUUCAUUGUUUCUCCAGGUUCUUGCUCCUGAAUAAAUUGUUCGCUGUUACCUUUAAGAAAUCCCCAAUUUGACU